CUCAGCUGAAAAAAAUGGACUCAGAAAAAGUGAUGAUUCAUUGAUUCUCAACCCACAGAGCCGUUAUGGGCCUGAAUGGCACCGGCCUGUUAUCCUUCCACUGCCGAGAGCGGGAGGUCUUCGCUGCUCUGUGAAGCCAGCCUCACGCUGUGCCCUCCACUCCAAAGGCCACGUAACCCACAGCCUUCGCUGAAGUCACAUGACCCAACUCCAGGCUUGGAACGGGCAGGCCAGAAGAUAGCCACGACAGGCCCAACUCAACGAGUUGAGAUCAUGUCUCAUCACCCACUGCCCUCACUUGAGUCACAGGCUUGCGUUACCAGGCCCGGCGAACAAGAUAGGUUGUCACUGUAUUUUAAAGCCUUUUACUCUUCCCUUUGUCAGUGAUGUGGGAUCUGCUCUGAGCUCUUCACCAUAGCUCAAUGGAUGGCAUGGUAGUGCAUAUAGACCUCUUAAUUUUCAAGAACAAAAAUUCAGUUUCAAACUUCAAGAGGAAUAAUAACUCAAAACUAAAAUGGAAAUUGCUUUGGUUGAACAACACUAUGUUUUUAAUUAAUACAGUUGAAAAUAGUAG